GCCCCUUGACGCUCAUGGAAAAUUAUUUUAGAGUUAAUUAAGUGUGUGUGACGUCGUUAUUGUAAAGAUAUUAAUUAUACAUAACUCGCUAGGCCAAACUGUUGGUCUGUUUUCAACAGUACGAGAAAUGUUUUUGCAUCAAUUCGAGGAGUUUGGCAGCAGAUAGACGAAACGAAAUGGAAGAUAUACGAACGGCCCUGUGGUAAUCCACGCUUUUUGAUAACGCUAUGUUUUGAAUAUAACGGGCAGCCCCUCCUCAGCGGUGAAGUCCGUCACAAAUAGCAAUUCCUCGGCCCUGUAUCUGUGACGGGAAUCAAAGCGACCACCUUGCGAUGUCUUCAGUUGGAAGUACUUUUUUAAAGAGGGCUCUUUUGUUUUUAGUGUUCGGAUUUGUAAAUGCUGCAAUUUUUACUCUUAUCGAGAGGCGUGGAGAAAAUUACAAGACCACCUCAGAUAGAAUGUUAGACCAACUGAGGAAGAAUUUUACGAAACACCACAACUUCUCGGACGAAGAAUUCGAGUAUUUUACAAUGGCCUCAUAUAACGCCGUUCGCACGGGUUUGUCUUUGGACUGGACCUAUUUUAGGGCUGUGGAUUUCACGUACACAGCGAUGACCACAAUUGGGUACGGUCGUCUGACUCCUAUCACCACAUACGGGAAACUGUUCUGCAUCGUUUUUUGUAUGUUUGGAAUUCCACUAUGUCUGCUGACUCUAAAAUCUGCGGGCGAACUUAUUUCAAUAUUUCUGACUUGUGUGAUAACUCACGUGGAGAUUAAAGUUCUUAAAACAAAAAGAGUAAAACACCUUGAGAUUAAACGCGCUAUACUUGCGUUUAAUUUAAUGGCAAUGUAUCUCUCGUUCACUGCAGUCACACAAGUGAUGCAGGAACACUGGACAUUCGUGGAUGCUUUUUACGCCUCGUUUGUAACAUUUUCUACUGUCGGUUUUGGAGAUUAUGUUCUUUUUGAAAGUGUUACAGGGCAAGGCAAAAACGGAGCUGCAAGCACGUUUUUUCACGUGUUUGCAACUUUCCCGGCGCUUUUCGGACUGGGGAUUGUGGCUUGUGUGAUCAACUGUGUUUUAGAUGUUGUUGAGAAGAACCGUUUACACAUUAGCGAUGGUAGACCAGGGAGAAGGAAAAAUGGAGAGUUGGUAAAACUUCUAUCUUUUAGUAAACUGGAAGAAGGUAGACGCUGCAGAAGGUCUCAUAGUGUAUGA